UGGUGUUUUCCAGAAACCUUGACUUGGUGUGCAAAUUGUCAUUACUGUCAUUUUGCUCCAAUUGCUUGCCGCUAUUUUUUGUAUCGUACAUUUUGCAAUAAUGGCAUCAAAAGAGCACGCUUCCAAUAUUCAAGUGCCCAACACGUUGGGACAGCAGCUGGGACUAAACAUAGGCUGGAUUACGGAUCAGCAGUUCGCAUGCUAUGCAUUCGGCAAUGGGAACCGCAACCGCGCCCCGGUUCAAGAUCUUGCAUCCAUUGAUAUCAAUCUGAUGGGGGCCGAUUUCAUCUUUGAGGAACCUACGAUACGAUCGAUGAUCACGGAAGGUAGUCGAGUGUUUUACCGAUUGCAGCGGUUACGGUACGGUGUUACGGAAACUCCUGCCAAACCGAUCGAUUAUGUGAAACUAUCCCAGAAAUAUCGUACCAUCGUGCGAAAGGCACUGCAGACGAUGAAUCACAAAGUCAGCGAACUGCCGGACGAUGAUCCAUCCCUGGAGGCAUAUCGGAACCUAAUAAGCUUGUUCUAUUCGAUCGAAUGUACUUGGCAUCUGCUGGAGUUUCUGGUUAUCGAUAGUAACUCUUCCGGUGCGAUCGUUUCGUCGCUGCUCGAGUGGAUACGGUUCCAUUUUCCCGAACCAGAGCGUGCUGCGACCGAUAUGCUGCAGAGCGGGCGCGAGCUGGACAAGCUGGAAGACUAUUGGCCCGUCGUGAAAGGAUUGAUACUGCAGGGUCAAACGACCAUCGCCCGGGCACUGUUGCGUGUGCACACAAGCUCCGAAACGCACUGUUUCCAGGUAGCCGAACAGCUGCUCCAAUCGAUGCCGAUUUACAGUGUGUACAGUGGGCUGUCGGUGCACCGAUACAAAACGCAAUGGCAGUGCUGGUGUGACAAUGUGCGCACGCUCAUUACGGCCGGUAAUUUUGCGGCAGAACCGAAACUGGAGGAAGUGUUGCGGUUAGUAAGCGGCGAACGUAAAGCUUGGUCCGAACAGCUCCGAUCGUCCACCUGUUGGUACGAAUACUUUCCCGGCUACCUGCUCUAUACCGAUUCCAGCUGUAAGUACUAUCAGCUGGGCCAGUACGCCAACGAUUGGAUUGCGCAGUUUCUAACAAACUGGAGAGCUGCACCGGACAAAGCAUCGGCAGGUGAACGGCAGUUCAAGUUUCUGGACAAGCUCGUCCUCUCGGUAAUGGAAAAUAAUCUUGUGAGCGUACUGCAGCAGGUACAAAUGUUCCCGGACAACCGUUGGUUUGCGGUCCACAUAGUCGAUCUGCUGUACCAUGCGGGGCUGUUGGAGAUGAGUGCCGGCGAUGACGAUGAUAACGCAUCACCGACGAAACAGUCCCGGAAUGAUGAUGUUUCGGAUGGUAAACUCGUCCGUGAAUCGUUACUGUUUGAUUUUGGCUCGCUGCUAAUGUCUCGCAGCACGUUCUGGCAAAUCGGUAUGGAUUAUCUGGAAUAUUCCUCAACCGAAGGGUUAGGAGCUCGGGAGAUCUUACUAGCGCGCGUACCGUUCCAAACCGAGCGUCAAGCAGAUCGAAUAAUUGCCGUUGCCCGGCAAAACAACUAUCCCGACGUUGCAGCGGAGGUGUGCAAGGUCAUGACCAAGCGCAACCUCGCACACAAGAACUACAGCAGUGCGCUCGAUUGGGCGACACGGUCACGGAACAGCUCGUACGUCCGUGAUGUGGCGAACAUUUUCCUCGAACACUACUGCAACCAUGGUGAGCUGCUGUGCGAACAGCAGGUGUCUCAUCUGGGCUCAAAGGUAUUCAUCUCAUCCAGACUGGUGUUUCUGGGGGCUUAUUAUGAUUUUCGUAAGUUUUACCGCGAGCAGUCAUACGCCAAAGCAGCCGAUCUUCUUAUACGUCUGAUGGACUCGAAGAUCAUGCCAUCGUACUUUUGGCCAUGCCUGAUGGCUGACGCCAUUCCACUUCUGGAGUUCAAUGAACCGAUCAUUCCCUCGAAGGAAACGUACACCAUUCUUGAGCACCUGGAGUUGGACCUUGUUCCAAUGUUGGAACAACGCCGAGCGAAGAAAAAAACCACCAAACAGCAGGAUCGUAUGAAAAUGGAGGAUGAUCAAACUGAUUGUGUAACUGCCGGCGAAGAGCAUGAUCAAACAGCAUUGAUACCGAAGUUUUCUUCCAAUUUGCUUAACAACUGUACGGAAGAUUUGAUUAAAAUAUUGCGCCUGGCGUGCGCCCGUAAUCUUUCACGUGCGCUCAUAAUUGAAAACACAAUCAGCACGUAGUAAGUGUCCGUUUUUGCUUUUUGUGCGUGUGUAACCAUACCACAAUAAACAAUAAAUCACUAAAAAAUGACUAAUACAGACGGACAUCAAACGUGCUAAAGUAUUAGAAAUCAUCAA